AUGGCGGAUUGGAACCCCAGCUCUUGGACUACUAAGCCCAUCAAGCAAGAUGUGGUGUAUGAAGAUAUAAAGGGCGUCAAGGACGCGCUUGAGAAAUUGCAGAAGUUACCACCGCUAGUUACCACGCAGGAGAUCAAUAAUCUCAAGACUAGCUUGAAAAAUGUCGCUUUGGGAAAAGCAUUUGUCUUGCAGGGAGGCGACUGUGCGGAGCUGUUUGACUACUGCAACCAGGAAAUGAUCGAAGCUAAAGUCAAGCUGCUGUUACAAAUGAGUUUGGUCCUUAUCUGGGGUAUUGACGACUCUGCGAAAACCCUCUCCAGCAAGAUUCUAAUAUUGGCACAGGAGCAAACAAACCCGUCAUUCGUAUUGCUCGAAUUGCUGGCCAAUUUGCUAAAAAUGGUCAAUGGAGUGGAGAUGCCCUCCUUUCGGGGUGACAAUAUCAAUGGCUUCGAUGCAAAUGUCGCGUCCCGACAACCCGACCCAUCUCGAUUGGUCUCCGCAUACUUCCACUCUGCUGCAACACUUAACUACCUACGCGCCUCUCUCUCGUCAGGCCUAGCAGACCUGCACUCCCCAUUGGACUGGGGUCUCGGUCACGUCAUCACCCCCUCUAUAAAAGAGCAAUACAGCAAGACUGUGAGCGCCGUCAAGGAUGCACUUAGAUUCAUGCGUACAGUCGGCAUCGACAAAGACCGUGGCGUCGAGACAGCAGACAUUUUCACCAGCCACGAAGGUCUAUCUCUAGAAUACGAGCAGACACUCACAAGACUCCUCCGCAACCCCACUGACCGAAAACACACCGGCACAACCACCCACCAGCCAACUUCUAACUUCUACGCAACCUCUGCCCAUUUCUUGUGGAUAGGUGACCGAACCCGCCAGCUGGACGGAGCUCAUGUGGAAUUCUUCCGCGGAAUCGCCAAUCCUAUUGGCAUCAAGAUCGGGCCCAGCAUGGCAGCAGACGACCUAGUCCAGCUCCUGGACGUCGUGAACCCAACUCGGGAAAUCGGGAAGGUCACCCUGAUCUCGCGGUAUGGUGCGGAUAAGAUUUCCAAGUUCCUACCUGGUCAUAUUGCUGCUGUGCAGGCUUCGGGCCAUGUACCCGUCUGGCAAUGUGAUCCCAUGCAUGGGAAUACGCAGAGCACGCCGUCAGGUGUCAAGACUAGACAUUUUACUGACAUUCUAGCGGAGCUACGGCAGGCCUUGGAGAUUCAUCGUGCGUCUGGGUCAUUCCUUGGUGGUAUGCAUCUUGAAUUAACUGGAGAGGCUGUUACGGAGUGUGUUGGUGGUGCGGCUGGGUUGACGGAGGAUGGGCUAAGUGAGCGAUACACCACGUUUUGCGAUCCGCGUUUGAAUGAGAAGCAGGCUCUUGAGCUCGCCUUCCUUGUCGCAGGCUUCUAUCGGGAGGAGGAAGAAGAUUAA